UCAAAGAAUUUCAAGAAGUCCUUGAUGACAUAUGUGAGAGAUAUCCUUAGCUGGAACUAUAUUUGAAAAAUAAGCAGAUGCAUAGUCUAGUUGAUCUUUUGAAAGAUUCAAAAGGGAAUGAUGUAAAAGAAUCCGUUGAGGUGAACAUUGAAGAAUUUAAAUCGGCUCUCUCCCAAGUUGAUUCUCAGAUGAAGAAUCUUCCUGCAACUGCCCAGGUUGCAUCUCAGCAAGGUGUCUAUCUUGCCAAUUGUUUUAAUCGGAUGAAGGAGGUUGAGACAAAUCCAGAAGGUCCUCUUAGGUUCAGGGGAGAAGGACGCCAUCGUUUUCGCCCUUUCAGGUACCGGCAUGUUGGACAAUUUGCUCAUUUAGGAGGUGAACAAACAGCUGCCCAGCUUCCAGGAGAUUGGGUUUCAAUUGGGCAAAGCACCCAGUGGCUUUGGUACUCAGUUUAUGCAAGCAAGCAAGUCAGUUGGCGUACAAGGGCAUUGGUUGUAUCAGAUUGGAUAAGGUGUUUCAUUUUUGGCAGGGACUCCAGCAACCUUCGAGGGAGCAAGGCUUCAUUUUCUGCUUUCAUUUACUCUACAGCCUUUGACGGAAAUUUUGCAAUUAAUCUAUCUCAAAUUUUUCUCCCAAUUGUCUUAAGCAACUUGGUGUCAAUUGUUUUGGAACAAAGGCAUUAG